AUGGCAUCAGAGAGUGACUCACAUCCUGUAGGAUCAAUCCGGUCGAUGAUGCCUGAGGCCGACGGUUCUUUUAGCUUAGUCAUCUCCCCACCCUUCGACGUCCCCCUCCGACCUCAACUCAACUUCGCAGAACCUUCGUCAUCCAGAUCUCCACUCACCACUACCACCACCUCCAACAAACAACCUUACUCCUCUCCAGCGACACCAGUAUCGCUCUUCAACUCCUCCAACAACAAACCCAGCCCAGAGUACAGGAACACUACCGAGUUUAUGUCAAUCGAAAACCUCAAGACCUUCGACCCCUUCGCCGAAGCCGACGAAGAUACCGGAGAAACAAAGCAGUCGCAGAACUACAUCCACAUCCGUAUCCAGCAGCGCAAUGGUCGUAAGACUUUGACGACUGUCCAAGGUCUGCCCAAAAAAUUCGACCAGAAGAAGAUCCUCAAGGUCAUCAAGAAGAAGUUUGCUUGCAAUGGCACCAUUGUCGUCGAUACUGAGAUGGGAGAGGUGAUACAGCUCCAGGGCGACCAGCGCAAGGAUGUUCAAGAGUUCCUUACGGACAAGAAAGAGGGUCUGGAGCUUGACGCCAAGACUAUCAAGGUACAGCUAUUCCCCCCUCGGCCUACGACUAGAAAACUCACAAUCCGUGUCCCAGGUUCAUGGUUUCUAAGCGACCAAUCGAUACCUGUCCCAUCUGCCGUCACCCACACGAGAACCUUCGAUAGAAGUCUGUCUGCACGGAUUGCCGCCGUUUUCCUUUCACAACUUCUUGCCUCGUCUCGUUUACGACGUUACUUCGAACAUGGGCGUUUUCGAUUGAUACCCGCAUUCUUCACAAGAACGCAAUGA